CUGCCACUGCCCCUCCACCUCCUACCCCAAGUCCGAGGCAAUGCAUCAGCACCAGCUGCGGCACUAACAAGCUCGUCCCGCCAGAAGAGUCACCACCAUCGCGCCGGCGACCCUAACAUUUCCAUUUCGCCCACCUCCACCAAUACCACCACCAACGCCAAAUUUCGGACUCGAACGCCGGUCAGACUCCAGACGAUCACCCUCACGCCCCCGUCUGGUCUAAUCGCAUCGAGUGCUUUCCCCUGGCAGAGGCGCCUUUACUCCUCUUCGACUUCGCGCACUGCAAUCAUGGCUGAGCAGCAGUGGCCCGGCGCCCAUGUGCGCAAGACUUUCCUCGAGUUCUUCGAGAAGAGGGGCCACACCAUCGUGCCCUCUUCCUCCGUCGUCCCUCACAAUGACCCCACCUUACUCUUCACCAAUGCGGGCAUGAACCAAUUCAAGCCCAUUUUCCUCGGAACGAUCUCCAAGUCGGAUCCCAUGUACCCGCUGAAGCGUGCUGUCGACUCUCAGAAGUGCAUUCGCGCCGGUGGCAAGCACAACGACCUCGACGAUGUCGGCAAGGACAGCUACCACCACACCUUCUUCGAGAUGCUGGGUAACUGGUCUUUUGGCGACUACUUCAAGAAGGAGGCCAUCGAGAUGUCCUGGGAGCUUCUGACCAAAGUCUACGGCCUCGACCCCGACCGUCUGUACGUCUCCUACUUCGAGGGCAACCCUGCGAUGGGUCUCGAGCCCGAUCUGGAGGCAAAGCAGAUCUGGCAAUCCGUCGGUGUCCCCGAAGACCACAUUCUGCCUGGCAACAUGAAGGACAACUUCUGGGAGAUGGGUGACCAAGGUCCUUGCGGCCCCUGCAGUGAGGUUCAUUACGACAAGAUUGGCGGCCGGAAUGCUGCCAGCUUGGUCAACAUGGACGAUCCUAUGGUUGUCGAGAUCUGGAACAACGUUUUUAUCCAGUUUGACCGUCAGGCAGACAAGAGCCUCAAGUCACUCCCUGCUAAGCACGUUGACACUGGUAUGGGAUUCGAGCGUCUCGUCUCUGCUCUCCAGAACACCACUUCAAACUACGCCACCGAUAUCUUCACCCCUCUGUUCGACAGGAUAGAAGAGGUCACUGGAGCCAGGAAAUACACCGAUAAAUAUGGCGCUGAUGAUGCCGACGGUAUUGACACCGCCUACCGUGUCGUUGCCGAUCACAUCCGUCUCCUGACCUUCUCCAUGUCUGACGGUGCGGUCCCCAACAACGACGGUCGUGGAUACGUCGUCCGUAGAGUCCUGCGUCGUGGUGUCAGAUAUGCCCGCAAGUACUUCAACGCCGAGAUCGGCUCGUUCUUCUCCAAGAUCCUUCCUGCGCUUGUCCAACAGAUGGGUGAGCAAUUCCCCGAGAUUGUCAAGAAGCAGCAGGACAUCAAGGAAAUUCUCGACGAGGAAGAGGAGGCUUUUGCUCGUACUUUGGACCGUGGUGAGGCUCAAUUCGAGAAGUACGCCAAGGAUGCUCUCAAGAAGGGCGAGAAGAAGCUCUCUGGCGCCGUUGUGUGGAGACUGUACGACACCUUCGGUUUCCCCGUCGACUUGACCAAGCUCAUGGCCGAGGAGCGCCAGCUUGAGAUUGACGAGGAUGAGGUCAAGGAGGCCCAAGAGAAGGCCCGCGAGGCCAGCAAGGUCGUGAAGAGCGCCGUUCAGACGUUUGCCAAGUUGAAUGUGCACCAGCUCGCUGAGCUCGAGAAGGAGCUCAACGUCCCGAGGACAGACGACGAGGCCAAGUUCACCAAGGGUGACACAAAGGUCAAGGUGCAGGUCAUUUACGAUGGCAAGGGUUUCGUCAAGUCCACCAAGGACAUUGCUGAGAAGACCCCCUUGGGCCUGCUUCUUGACAAGACCAACUUCUAUGCCGAGUCAGGUGGCCAGGUCGCCGAUACUGGCCGCAUCGUCAUUGACGACGUUGCUGAGUUCAAGGUUCUCGACGUCCAGAACUUUGGUGGUUACAUCGUUCACAACGGUUACCUCGAGUACGGCGCUCUGUCAUCCGGCGACGAGGUCAUUUGCGAGUAUGACGAGCUGAGGAGAUCACCUAUCCGCAACAACCACACUGGCACGCACAUCCUCAACCACUCUCUCCGUGAAGUCCUGGGCGAUGACAUCAACCAGAAGGGAUCUCUGGUCGACAACGAGAAGCUGCGUUUCGACUUCUCGCACAAGACUGGAGUGACGAUGCCUGAGCUCAAGAAGAUUGAGGACUUCUCCAACAGCUACAUUAAGCAAAACGGCAAGAUCUACGCCAAGGAGGUCGACCUGGACCUUGCCCGCGGUAUUGAGGGUGUCCGCGCUGUCUUCGGCGAGACCUACCCCAACCCCGUCCGCGUUGUCUCGGUUGGCGUUGACGUCGACACCAUGCUUGCGAACCCCAAGAAUCCGGAGUGGCGCAAGUACAGCGUCGAGUUCUGCGGUGGCACCCACGUCGAGUCCACGGGUCUCAUCAAGGACCUCGUCAUCGUCGAGGAGAGCGGUAUUGCCAAGGGUAUUCGCCGUAUCAUCGCUUACACCGGCGACGCUGCACACCAGGUCCAGCGUGAGGCCAACGACUUCUCCAAGCGUCUCGAUGCCCUUGAGGCCAUGCCCUCGGGCACUGAGAAGGAGCAAGAGAUCAAGACAACCCAGCACGCUCUUAACCAGCUGACGAUCUCCACGCUCACCAAGGAAGACAUCAGGAAGCGCUUCGAGAAGAUCGUCAAGGCCGUCACCGACGAGCAGAAGAAACGCCAGAAGGCCGAGGCCAAGACCGCUCUCGACACCGUUGUUGGCCACUUUGAUAAGAACAAGGAUGCCAAGUGGUUCGUCGGCCAACUCCCUAUCUCUGCUAAUGCCAAGGCUAUCGGAGAGGUCGUCAAGCACUUCCAGUCCAAGGACAAGGAGCGCUCCGUGUACCUGUUUGGUGGCAGCAAGAACGAGGGCGCUGUCGCUCACGGAGUUUACGUUGGAACGCAUCUUUCCUCCCAAGGCGUGACCGCGGAGCAGUGGGCCUCUCAGGUUACCGGAGUUGUAGGAGGCAAGUCCGGCGGUAAGGAGCCUGUCCGCCAGGGACAAGGUACCAAUGCCGAGAGCAUUGAGGAUGCAGUUGCCACUGCUGAGAAGUGGUUGAAGGAGAAGCUCAACAUUUGA